CUUCUCCUUUGACUCGUACUUUUAUGGUUCCGGUCCUACGCCUCUAGAUUUCUUCCUCCGAUCACCCCCGCCUUCCCUCUUCACCCUUCCUUCUUCGACCCCGGCCGCGGUGUCGCCACCGCCCCGCCCUUCGGCUUCCUCUUCUCAGAGCACCGGGCGAGGCGGUCACGCACCACCCCUUCGCUCCUAUUUAAGGCCCCCCACCGUGAAGUCGACGCUCUGUCUCUCUCUCUCUCGUUCUUGAUCUCUCCCGAUCCAGGAGGAUAAUUGUAGGGUUUAGAGAGAGAGAGAGAGAGAGCGCUCUCUCCUUGCCCUGAGAUCGAUGAGAGUCCGAGGAAGGAUCUGCCAUGGAUGACGCCCGGAACUCGAAGAGGAUCCGCGGCUCUCUCAUGGAAUGGCAGAUCUCCUUGGCUCUGCGAACGCCGACCGAGACAUCGACAAGGCACUGAUUGCUCUGAAGAAAGGUGCUCAAUUGCUUAAAUAUGGUCGAAAAGGGAAGCCAAAGUUUUGCCCGUUCAGAUUAUCCAAUGAUGAAUCAACUUUGAUUUGGUUUUCUGGUGGUGGAGAAAGAACUCUGAAGUUAGCUUCUGUUUUGAGAAUUGUACCAGGGCAAAGAACUCCUGUUUUUCAACGAUAUCUACGCCCUGAUAGGGACUACUUGUCCUUUUCACUUAUCUACAAUGAUGGAAAAAGGUCUCUCGAUUUGAUAUGCAAGGAUAAAGUUGAGGCAGAGGUUUGGUUUUCAGGCCUCAAAGCAUUGAUUUCCACCGGGCAAUAUGGACGCUCCAAAAUAGAUGGAUGGAACAAUGGAGGACUUAAUACUGAUGAUAGUCGAGGAUCUGCAUCAAACAGUAUAAGUGACCAGUCUAUUGGCUCCACUUUAGAUUCCUCCGAGAGCAGGCUAACUUCAAGUAGCAUACCAAAAAAUCUCUCUUUUGAGUACUCUGUUACCUCAGAUAUAUCAGAUGCGACAAAUAUGCAUGUCAAAGGAGUUUCUUCAGAUGGUUUUAGGGUCAGUAUUUCUAGUGUCCCUAGCACAUCUAGUCAUGGUUCUGCACAGGAUGACUUUGAUGCUGCUGGUGAUGUUUAUGUGUGGGGUGAAGUCAUUUGUGAUACUUCCACCAGGAUUAGUGCUGAUAAAAAUAGCAGUCCCUCCAGUGCAAGGUCUGACAUCCUCCUACCCAAGCCAAUAGAAUCUAAUGUAGUUUUGGAUGUGCAUCAUGUAGCUUGCGGUGUUAGACAUGCGGCUCUUGUUACCAGACAGGGAGAAUUAUUCACAUGGGGUGAAGAAUCUGGAGGACGACUUGGUCAUGGAGUUGGCAUGGAUAUUAUUCACCCUCGUUUACUUGAAUCUCUGUCUACCUUUAAUGUUGAUUAUGUUGCUUGUGGGGAGUUCCAUACCUGUGCUGUCACUGCAACCGGUGAACUCUAUACUUGGGGAGAUGGCGCACAUAAUGCAGGGCUUCUUGGUCAUGGGACAAAUGUGAGUCAUUGGAUGCCUAAAAGAGUUUCAGGACCUUUAGAAGGGCUUCAGGUUUCUUACGUUUCUUGUGGUGUUUGGCACACAGCUAUAGUCACUACAGCUGGGCAGUUAUUUACAUUUGGUGAUGGAACAUUUGGUGUAUUAGGGCAUGGAAACAGAGAAACUGUAUUAUACCCAAGGGAAGUGGAAUCAUUGGCGGGUUUGAAGACAAUUGCUGUUUCAUGUGGGGUUUGGCACACUGCUGCUGUUGUUGAGGUUAUGGUGACACAGUCUAGUGCUUCAUCUGGAAAACUAUUCACUUGGGGUGAUGGGGACAAGUAUCGCCUUGGCCAUGGUGAUAAGGUAGCACGACUUAAACCUACCUGCGUGCCUUCAUUGAUUGAUUACAAUUUUCACAGGUUGGCUUGUGGCCAUAGCCUCACAAUUGGGUUGACCACUUCAGGACAGGUUUUUACCAUGGGAAGUAAUGUAUAUGGUCAACUUGGUAAUCCCCGCUCUGAUGGAAAGCUUCCAUGCAUGGUCGAAGACAAACUUGCUGGCGAACCUGUGGGAGAGGUUGCUUGUGGUUCAUAUCACAUUGCAGUUUUGACAACCAGAGGAGAAGUUUAUACAUGGGGAAAAGGAGCCAAUGGAAGAUUGGGCCACGGCGACUUUGAAGAUCGUAAAACACCUACACUUGUUGAAGCUUUAAAAGAUAGACCAGUCAAACAAAUAUCUUGUGGGUCGAACUUCACAGCUGCCAUAUGCCAGCAUAAGUGGAUAUCUGGUGCAGAGCAAUCCCAGUGCUCAGCAUGUAGACAGGCAUUUGGAUUCACUAGAAAGAAGCACAAUUGCUACAACUGUGGGCUUGUACACUGUCAUCAAUGCAGUUCAAGAAAGGCCUUGAGAGCAGCACUAUCUCCUAAUCCUGGAAAACCUUAUCGUGUAUGUGAUUCAUGUUAUGUGAAACUGAAUAGUGGAUUGGAGCCUGGUGGAGUUAAUAACAAGAAAAAUGCUAAACCCUGGAUUUCCACUGAAAGCAAAGACAAGUUUGAUAAAGUGGAUACCUUACCCAAGGCUUCUCUAUCCAGAAAUUUGGAGUUGAUCAAGAGUUUGGAUAUAAAGACUGCCAAGAAUGGGAAGAAUACCAAUUUUAUGUAUAUGACUCAAAAUCCUAAAGGUUCUUCAGUUUCACCGCUGAAGAGUCUUGCUUUCCCUGGUGGAAUUGAUAUGCUUCAAGCAGUUUCUAAACCUGUCCAAACAACAGGAGCUAACUCUGCAAAUCGCUCCAGAGCUGUUUCACCUUUUUCAAGAAAAUCGAGUCCUCCACGCUCCACAACACCUACUCCCACAACGUCUGGUCUUUCUUUUACCAAAAACAUUUCUGAUAGUUUGAAGAAAACAAAUGAUCUUCUUAACCAAGAACUUCUAAAAUUACGUUCUGAGGUUGAUAGUCUACGACAACGAUGUGAACGCCAAGACUUUGAGUUGCAGAAGGCUGAAAAGAAAGCAAAAGAAGCCAUGACAGUUGCUGCUGAGGAAUCAACAAAAUCCAAAGCUGCCAAAGAAGUUAUAAAAUCACUAACUGCACAGCUGAAAGAAAUGGCAGAACGACUUCCUCAUGGAACUUAUGGUACCAACACAACAAUACCAAUGCACCUGCCAAAUGGUGUCGAAUCACAUGCUAUUCAGCACAUCGGUUCAAGUGGAGAACACUUGUUUAUAAAUGAUGCUGGCAAUAUUGCUAACAUGGCUCCUUCCAGAACUGGCUACUUGGGUCAGAUAAAUGAAAAUUCAGGUGACAACACUUCGGUCAGAGAGAUUUAUCGACCUAAUGAGACAAGCGCACCUCCAACCCCAAAGAUUGUAAACGCCAAGAUGGAACAGAAUUUGAACCCACAAAAUGCAGGCCAAGGAGAAAUGUGGGCAUCUAGCACUAGACUCAAGGAUAUCGAUAGCAGGACUAUUGCAUCUCCUCAAAGUCAUGAUGAUGCUGUUUCAGCGGUUAGGAGCCCCAGCGAAUUGAGUAAUGAUGUUGAAGCAGAAUGGAUAGAACAAUUUGAACCUGGUGUUUACAUAACCCUGGUGACCCUUCGAGAUGGAACAAGAGACUUGAAGAGGGUGCGCUUCAGUCGGAGAAGGUUCGGUGAGCAACAAGCAGAAGCUUGGUGGUCGGAAAAUCGUGAGAGGGUGUACGAGAAAUAUAAUUUUCGUGUACCAGACAGGACCUCGUCAGCCAUGCUAACUUGAUUUUGCAUGCAGAUUAGAACAAGAACAAAAGCUCCUGUUUGCAUAGCUUAGUAGCCAGAAGCAGAUCAACAAAAUAAAAAGGCUAAUGGAGCAGGAAACCAAGGUUAUUUUCUUCUUUUAAGUUAAAACAUUGCAGAUACUCAGCUGUUAAGUCUUUUUUUUUUUCGAUUUUUGUAAAGAAUUAUGUUCCUUUUGUACGUUGUUAUUUUAUUUUGAAUAGAAUCACUAUCUGCCCGUACC